AUGACAAGAAACGUACCUUUAACAAAUUAUGAAUUUACUAUGGAUGAACCAGUAAAAGACACUGUGAUAAGAGACGCAAAGAGUAUAUAUAAAAAAAUAUUAUAUGUAUGUUUUCAUCAAUAUGAUGACGAAAAUACAAUAAAAAAAUGGGAUUUAUGGGGAUCAUUUAUAGUAUAUAUAACGUUAUCAAUUUGUAUAUUUUUGGAUAAUGAAAUUGUUGAUAAGAAGAAUACCUUUGGUUACUUUUUUGUUUUCUUUUUUAUUGGUCAUAUUUUAGUAUCCUUAAAUUUGUCUUUAUUGCAUAUAAAUAUACCAUUUUUUCAGUCAUUAUGCAUUAUUAGUUAUUCAUUAUUUCCGUUGAUACUUUCUUCGUUCCUUAAUUUAUUUAUAUCUACACAUGUCAUACGCUUAUUAUUUUGCUUGUUAUCAAUAGUUUGGUCAUCUUACAAUUGUAUUUUAAUUUUAGCAAAGUUUAUAAAAAGUAACAGGUUACUUAUUUCAUUUUUUCCUAUUUGCUUAUUACAAUUUUUUUUAGCUAGCUUUUUAUUGAUUAAAUAA